CAUAAUUUCAGUUUUCAGUUUUUCACAUUGUUGAACAGUUCAAUUUUGAGAGUCAAGAAUUAACUACCUAUUAGUUUUUUUUAUAAUUUUAACUAAUUAUUAGAUGUCUAGGUAUUUCAGUUAAUAAAUACUGAACAUUUUUUUGUACAUCAUCUUUGAUCGAAUGAAUAGAUUAUUAAUAGUGUGUUAAUAGGUACCAAGCAUAAUUCUUCAUUUAUAGGAAUAACAAAUAMAUUUGUGUAAAGAUGUUUAGUUUAGUUAAACACUCUGCAAAUAAUUUAAACAAAUGGUGUGUUUGUACAAAAAUUAUGGCCGUGCGGGGUUUAAAGUCCUGGACUGGUGGUAUAAAAUACCCUGGCUUUACAUAUUAUCCWAGARAAGGUGAAGUGGACCCACCAUAUACAGCAACAAAAUUAUUCAUGGUUCAGAGAGUUAAACGUUAUUUAUAUAAUCCGUAUUGGCAAAAAAAAAUAUUAACAGACAUGGGCUUAGAUCAUAAAGGUAGUGAUAUAGCUAUUGUAAAAAAUACACCAGAAAUGAAUGCACGAUUAUGGAAAGUUAAACAUUUAAUAAAAAUUACACCAAUACAAACACCUGACGGAUUACCAGAAAAGGGAGAUUAUUGGGGUACACAUUUAGAUACUGAAGGUGUAUUUAGAAUUUCCAAGAAAUUUUUACCCGAUACUAAGCGAUUAGAAGCAACUGAAGACUUUGAAAAAUUGGCCAAGCGAGUAGAUAAAGAUACAGUGGAACAAAAUUGUCGAAACAAGUGGUUGAAUCCAUGGUCAACUAUUGUAUAAUGUACAAUUAUUGUUUUUUUUUUUUUGUAGUAUAUGAAAUACUUAAAUAUAAUUUGUUUUC